GGCACUCAUACUGCAAUAAUACCUAGCAGCACUGGCAAUGGCGUUUCUGGGCAUCUGGAAUGGAGCUGCAACGGCCACUUACUGUAGCACCACUGCAUUUCUUUCCUGUCUUUCCCCUCCUAAUUUCACGAAAAAAAAGUGGAAGAAUGGCACAUACGGAGCAAUUCCGUAGUGUGAUAGGCCCAAGGGCUAGACAAAAGUUCGCCAAAAUAGCAGCGGUGCCGCGGCUGCACCUGAAAGCCAUAAUGUCAUUCAUGCAGUACGCAGGGGCUUUUCAGCGCGUUUCUGCAACAUUUUCCUGCAGCGGUUUUUCUUCAGCGCCGUGCUAGCAAUAUCGAAAUCAGUAGUAUCGAAGCCUGGCAGGGGAUGCUGAUAAUAAGCGGCGAGCCGUCGAAUGCAGGUCUCACCUUCUUACAAUCCGUCGAUAAGGUGAGCAGGUAUCUUGUUAUUCCAUGUGC